AUGAGUUUCCUAGCGAUAGCUUCCUUCGCGCCAAGCUCGUCGAUGCUUCUCACUGGCUUGAAUUUGAGCUCCUCCGAUGUGCAUCGCAGUUCACUCUCUGUUUUCCCGGCGAGUAUAACAUCCCGGAGCGUGCAGAAACCUCCGGUGUGCCUUGCUGCGGUACCCGACCACCCUGAAUCCUCCGAUCUGAAACCCAAAACUCAAAAUCGGGUCCGUCGCCAGAAGAAGGAAGUGGCGAGAAGUGGUGACGACGACGAGAGCGAGAAGUUUCCGACGAAGGUCCCGCGUAAACCGAAGCGCGGGCGGCGGAGCGAGGCGGACGCCGUGGAGGAUUUCGUGAGGAGCUCACUCGAGCGAACUUUCUCCACCAUACGAGAGCAGAAUCCGGAGGUUUUCGAGAACAAGGAGACGGCGAAUUUCAUCAAGGACCGAAGCGAGGAUAACGACGACGACGAUGAAGACGAAAACGAAGAAGAGGCAAUGGUGGUUGAAGAGGAAGAUCCAGAUUGGCCAGUAGAUACGGAAGUUGGAUGGGGAAUCAAAGCUUCCGAGUAUUUCGAUUCGCAUCCGAUCAAAAACGUGGUCGGAGAAGACGGGACUGAGAUCGAUUGGGAAGGAGAGAUUGAUGACAGUUGGGUCAAGGAGAUCAAUUGUCUGGAGUGGGAAAGCUUCGCCUUUCAUCCUAGCCCACUCGUCGUCCUCGUCUUCGAGCGUUACAAAAGGGCUAGCGAUAACUGGAGAACACUGAAGGAGCUUGAGAAAGCGAUCAAAGUUUAUUGGGAUGCAAAAGAUCGAUUACCUCCACGUGCGGUGAAGAUAGACAGGAACAUAGAGACAGAUUUGGCAUAUGCUCUGAAAGCUAAGGAAUGCCCACAGAUUCUGUUUUUACGGGGAAACCGGAUUCUUUACAGGGAGAAAGACUUUCGAACGGCGGAUGAAUUGGUUCAGAUGAUUGCGCAUUUCUACUAUAAAGCAAAGAGACCUUCGUGGGUCGACAAGGCUAAUGUUACUCCGUAUUGUUAG